AUGGGAAUUUUCGGAAUCGUCGUGACGUAUAGAGACCGGAAAUCGAUGUCCGAUGCCAUAAACCCGGAACUGUACACCCAGAUGCUGACGAAGCCUCAUUGUCUCAUAAUCGUUGAUGAGACUUACGUCAAGGCGGACUUCCGGCAGCUUCCGGGGCUACUGUUCUUCACCGCCCAGCUCAAGUUUGAUUUUCCGGAGGAAUUUUCAGCGACAUACGGUUGUUUGCAGUACAACACAAAACAAGGAUAUUAUCAUCCACAUCCUUACUACUCUACGGCUAGAUUCAAAAAUAUGCAUUUAACUAAAAAUAAUGUAACAAAAAUGCGUAUGGGAGUUUUGGCUCGCAACGAUGGUCAUAUACGCUUGUCGCCGAUUGAAUAUCCCUAUGACAAUACGAAGAUUAAUGAAAUUGUGCUUUCCGGUUGGGGAAAUACAGCAAUCGAAAUUCGACGAUACACCUGCAAGGAUCACAAGACCCACACAGACAUUCACAUAUUCAAACAUAUUGCAAGCAAUGGGCUCUUGUCGGAGUUCAUUCCGAUGAUGUUCACGAUGGAAAUCGAUCGGCGUGGAAAGGUGAAACUGAUCAAAGAUGGUGAUGUCUUUCCAUUAGUUGAAUUCCAGGAUCCCAAAAUAGCGUUCAACUACAUAGGAUUUUGCAACUGGGACGUGCCGGCAAUUUACUUUUUUGACUGUCCGUUUGAGGUUGAUCGUAGAAAUUGCAUCCAAACGUUUUAA